UUUUCCCAUCAGACAUUUUUCUCAACAAAAAGGGUUUGAGAAAAAUGCAGAAAGUUUUGUUGAAUCCAAGCAAUAUUGUUCAUAUGAUGUGGUUCAGUCUACUUCUUCUCUUAUUGGGUUUCUCCGGCAUUGAGGCCAAUCGGACCAUCGUUGAAUAUGUGCCGGGAUAUCCCGGCAAGCUCCCCUUCAAACUUGAAACUGGAUACAUUGGAGUAGGCGAAACUGAUGAGGUGCAGCUGUUUUACUACUUCAUUGAAUCCGAGAGGAACCCUGUUGAAGACCCUCUUGUCCUUUGGCUCACCGGAGGCCCCGGUUGUUCCGGCUUCUCUGCACUUGCUUUUGAAAUCGGUCCAUUGACUUUUGACUAUGCAUCUUACAAUGGGUCUUUGCCAUCUGUCACUCUGAACCCAUACUCAUGGACCAAGGUGGCCAGCAUUAUCUUUAUUGAUGCACCAGUUGGAGCUGGAUUUUCAUAUGCAAAAAGCUCAGAGGGUUAUUACACCUCGGACACAAAAUCAGCAGUCCAGACAUAUACUUUUCUAAGGAAGUGGUUGCUCAAUCACCAAAAUUUUCUUGGAAAUCAACUAUAUAUUGGUGGUGAUUCAUAUUCCGGCAUCAUUGUUCCUAUGCUCGUUCAAAAUAUACUGAAAGGUCUGGAAGAUGGGCUUAGGCCAAAAAUGGAACUUCAAGGAUACUUGCUAGGGAAUCCAGUGACAGAUUCUUACACUGAUGUAAACUUCAGGAUCCCAUAUGUGCACAGAGUGAACCUUAUCUCAGAUGAACUCUAUGAGAAUGCCAAAUUGUAUUGCUCUGGCGAUUAUGUCAAUGUAAAUAUUAACAACACACUAUGUGUGACAGCUCUUCAAGCAAUCAAAGAGUGCCUUCUACAAAUAAACCUUGCACAAAUUUUGGAGCCUCAAUGUGCCUUUGCAUCCGGAAAACCAAAGGAGAUUGAAUGGGAUUUGAGAGUUCAGGAUUCAAAAACCAUGAAUUACCUCCUCUCACAAACUCAACUUCCAGAAUUGCAGUGUCGGGGCUUUACUUAUGUGCUCGCUUAUAAGUGGUUGAAUGAUGACAGAGUCCGGAAUGCUCUUGGAGUUCGAGAGGGAACCGUAGAAACAUGGAAAAGGUGCCCUAAAACUUUUUCGACUUACACAGAAGACGUCACAAGUAGUGUCGCGUAUCAAAAGAAUCUCACGGAGACGGGGCUCCGAGCUCUGAUAUACAGUGGUGAUCAUGACAUUUCUGUGCCCUAUGUUGCUACACUUGCAUGGAUAAGAGCUCUUGAUGUGGAUGUUUUUGAUGAAUGGCGUCCAUGGUUCGUUGAAGGUCAAAUUGCAGGAUACCAAGUGAAGUACAUGAAUGAUAACUACCGCUUGACUUACGUGACUGUAAAGGGAGCAGGUCACACGGCCCCAGAGUACAAGCACAAGGAAACCCUUGCCAUGGUUGAUAGAUUUUUUGCUCGUUAUCCUAUCUAAUUCACUGUGUUCAAGGCAGAAGCUAUUGAGUAUUUUCAAUUCUAUUCUUGUCUGGAGAAAUAUUUUGAAUAAAAAUCUUCUUGUGCUCUAUUAAUGUAGUCAAUAGCUAGGAAAAAUUAAUGUGAACACUUUUAU